UUUUGCAACUGAAGCACGUGCUUACCUCGUCAAAACAAACUAUUUCCGCCAGGGCCGGAUGAUUUCUCACACAGUUCGUCAUGAUUCUCCCUUAUCAAGUAUAGGUGAUAAUGGGCGAUAUAUUACCCUUUCCGUACGUAAUAAACUAGUCUCAAUGAAGCAAGAAUCUGUAUUCUCAUCUAGGUAGUCGCGUCCAGCGCAGUGAAAGACGAGCGGCUGGCACUAGUUCAAAUAAAUUCGCGCUUCUGGUUUGUUUUGCAUGUACAUAUGUAGGCGCGCGUAUCUUGGGGGUUCUCCCCUCAGCAGGAUGGUCACAUUACGCCAUAGGUGAAGGAUUGAUGAAAGCUUUAAGCCGCGCGGGUCACGAAGUGACGGUUAUCGGCUCCCAUAGUUGGAGAGAAGCUCCUGAUAAUUACCGUAGUAUUGAAUUGAAGGAAUUGGUAUUCGAUAAAGGAGGUUCAGAACCCGAUUUGUUCCAGUAUCGCAACGAUCCAUAUUUGAAUGUACUAUACUUGCUAUAUACGUUGAUUGGACCAAGCUUAUCAGAAGUGAUUCUGACCCACCCCAAAGUGAAAACGCUUAUGAAUUCGAACGAGCAUUUUGAUGUUGUCAUUGUUGAAUGUUUCGUAAGCGACGUGCUGUAUGGAUUCGCUCAACAUUUCAACGCUCCAUUAAUAGUAUUUUCGCCUUUCGGAGCUUCGAUGUGGGCCAAUGAUCUCGUAGGAACUCCUUAUCCGUACUCGCAAAUACCCCACACUUUUCUUAGUUAUACAGACCGAAUGACCUUUACAGAAAGGCUUGUGAAUACAUUUGUAUGGAAUGUGGAUCGAUUUUAUUAUAGAAAUGUAUUUCUACCUCGUCAAGAAGAAAUGUACAAACAAUAUUUUCCAAAUGCAAGGAAGACUUUACCAAAUGUAAUGAAAAACGUCAGUCUAGCUUUCUUGAAUCAGCAUUUUAGCUUGAGUUUUCCACAUCCGUAUGCUCCAAAUAUGAUCGAGAUUGGCGGGAUUCAAAUGGAUGAACCUAAAGCUCUUCCGGAGGAUCUGCAGCGCAUUUUAGACGACUCCAAGCAUGGCGUUAUUUACUUCAGUAUGGGAUCGAUGUUGAAAGGAUGCAAAUUUCCAGAAGAAAAACGAAACGCCUUCAUUAGUGCAUUUUCCAAGUUGAAGGAAACCGUGCUUUGGAAAUACGAGAAUACAAGUCUACCAAAUAAACCGAAAAACGUAUUCAUCAGAAAGUGGAUGCCUCAGCGAGAUGUGCUUGCGCACCCCAAUGUGAAACUGUUUAUCACUCACGGAGGACUUCUCGGGUCAACUGAAUCUCUGUACCAUGGUAAACCGAUGGUUGGAGUUCCCAUCUAUGGAGAUCAACGUUUAAAUAUGGCUCGAGCAGAAAAAUCGGGCUACGGAACUCAUAUCGAAUACGAAAAUUUGAGUGAAGAGACUAUUACCCGAGCGAUAAGAUCUAUUCUCGAUAAUCCUUCGUUCAGCAGCAACGCUCGGUUGAUCUCAGAAAGAUAUCGCGACAAACCGAUGACACCGGCACAGUUGGCUGUUUACUGGGUAGAGUAUGUGGUUAGACAUCGUGGCGCUCCACAGUUGCACUCAGCUAUUCUAGAAUUAUCCUUUAUCGAGCGCAACUUGAUCGAUGUCUACGGUGUAAUGAUUUUAUUUGUCGGAACGGUUUUGGUAUCUGUAUACAUGGCGCUCAGGAAAGUGAUGAGAUUUAUUGGCAUAUUACCAAGAAGUGGCGAUAAAAUUAAACAGCAGUGAAUGGUAUGAUCGGCAACCUGAUGUUUCUUCUCUCAACGAAUUUCAGUUUCAGGCGCGUAAGCAGUCUGACAGAAUGGAUGUAAAUAGUCAAUGUCUAUUAAAUGCACAAUGUCAUUGAGGGAUCUUGUGAUCAGUCUUAUACUUUAAAUGAGUGAUACUUUGUAGUACAAAUUAUUGUUCAAUCGUUGGGUUGCACAAAACGUGGUUUGAUAAAAAUAUGUUUAUUUUA